AUGGACCAGUACGUGGCUCUCCUUAAGCAAUUUGUCGGCGCUUGUAACGCUAAUACGGAUCUUUUGCACGAUCCACGCCUCGGCUUCUACCGCGAGUACUUGGAGAAGUAAUUAAAAAAAGAUUUCCUUCAGUUUUCUGGCAAAACAAAUGAUUUAAGGCUUGGCGCUAAUAUUCCACCAAAAACAGAGAAGCCAAAGGCGGCCGAGCCGGAAAAAGAGCCGGAAAGUGCUUCGGCUCAGCCACAAUCUGAGCCCGAGCCGACUCCCGAACAGGUUUUUUUGUUUCGUUUUAUAAAAAAAUUUUUCUCAGGCUUGCUUUUUUUAUUUUAUUAAUCUAGAUGUUUUGAAGAUAGCCUCAGAAAUUAAUUUUUUUGUUUAAGAGUUCAGCAACACGUUCUCAAUACUCCUUUAAACCAGUCAGUAAUGAUUUUUUUUAUCAUUUGCGGAAUUUUUAUAAGGAUCUUUUGCAAGACCUGAGGUCUUUUAGGAAAUUGAGUGAACAUUUCUUUGAUUAAAAAUCUUUUAAUUUAACAAAAACCGUUUUUUUUUUAUAAAAAAUAAUAAAUUUUUGCGCUGAUUCUCGUUUUUUUAUCGAUCAUUUACAUUGGAUAUUAUGAAAGUUUUUAAUUUAGAGCUUUUUGAGGAUUUUUCAUAUGUCCUUCAAUUCGCUGCAAUUUUCAAGAAUUUUUUUUUCAAUUAGAAGUUUUUUUAUGAUUUUUAUGAAUCUAAUAGCAUGUAUACUUUUUAAUAAGUUUUUUACCUACCCAGAAUUUUCUCGGAAUAGUAGCUUCACUCAUGUUCAUAUACUUUCAAUAAAAAAAUUUUUUUGUAGUCUGUUCAGUUUUUGAAUGUCAAGUAGAAUGACGCCAUUCAAAAACGCUCAGUGGAUGACUCGCUCUCUGAUUGGUUUAUCGCGCCAUUAGGGGCGGAGCUUGGUUUGACAUUCAAAAUCGGAACAGACUAUAAGCUCUAUUUUCUGAGUAGUUUUUUAUAAAUAUGAUUUAGACCGUACCCUUCCCGGAAUUGGACAAUUCUGGAGUGAUCGAGCCGGACGAUGGCGGGGCUCUUCCCAUGGGCGAUCCGUCUCGUGAGGUUUUUCUUCAAUAAAAAAUGAAUCAAAUUGGAAAAUCUGAAUUUAAGCCGUCCGAGGAGGACAUUGAGAAGGCUUCGGAGGAGCGGGACAAAGCCAACGAGGCGUUUUCCAACGGUAAAAUGAAAAUAUAGUGAAGAAAUGAAGAAUUUUUCAGGAGACUUCGAUUCCUCGCUCCAGCACUACACGACGGCCAUUGAGUGCAAUCCUGGAUCCGCUAUUCUUCAUGCGAAACGCGCAAAGUUAGUGCCGGAAUGUUAAAAAGUGGACAAAAAGUCUUGAAACGGCGAAAAAACACGUUUUUAUGUGUAUUCGAUUACCGUGUUCAAACCAAUUUUGGUGAUUUCAAAAUUGACAUUCAAAAUGUUUUCGCGACGCUAAAUUGGAACCCUGUGAGCUGUUAAAAGAAAAUUGGGUCCUGCAGCGAAACCAAAUUUUGAAAUUAUUUGGAAAUCUUUAAACGAAAAUUUUUAACUCGCGUUAAAGUCGCUAUCUCGUUAUAGAAAAUUUUCCUAACGGCUCCCAAAAUUUGAAUUUCGCGAAAUCAUUUUGAAAUCGAUUUGAAAUGUUGUAUGAUUUCGCUACUAGUUAUAUUUUUGGAAGUUUGAGUGAUUUUUUUUUUUGACAAUUUUACGAGUAGUCGAAAUUGGAGGUAUACUACACUAGCAAGAAAAAUAAUUUUGUUUUUUUUUUGGUAUAGAAUAAAGUAUCUAACGUUCUUCAUUAUUAAUUGAUUAAUCAGUCUAUUUUAUUUAAAAAUUUUUUUAAUCUAUUUUUUUCAAAUUCGACUUAAUCACUUUCAAUCAAUCAAUUUGUUUAUUUUUUUCGCAACAUCGGGAUGGUAUAGUGAGGUUGCAGGGAGGGAAAAAGACCACUAGGUGGAUUAACUAAACCCACCUGUGAAGAAAAAAAAGACUUUCAAAAAAUUCGGUGAAAAAAAAUGAGCUUAACAUGAUUUAGUCGAGUUAUUGGAUUUUCGUGUUAAAUUAUUUCAUAAUUUGGUUAAAUUUAGCGUUCUUCUGAAGCUGAAACGCCCGGUUGCCGCGAUUGCCGAUUGCGACAAAGCGAUUUCGAUCAAUCCGGAUUCGGCGCAGGGAUACAAGUUCCGUGGACGUGCCAACAGGUAUAACGGUUUUGAAACUUGUACUCGACAAAAAAAAUCAGCUUACUAGUGUAUUUUUUAGUGGAAUUGAAAGAACACAUCUGUAGCAUUGAACAGUAAGAAUUUUUAUAGUUUUUAAAGUUCGGGGGUGAAAUGAUAAAAUUUAUACAUACCUUAUUAAUCCAGUUUUAAUGGUUAAGAUAAUUUGAAAAAAAAAUGAAAUAUAGCUCAAAGUAUUGAUUGGAUUCGAGAAGUUUUCACAAAAAAUAAAAAUCUGGAUUUUUUUGCCUUGAGUUUUUGCUUUGGAAUAUUUUCUUAUACUAUUUCUUUUCAACUUUUAUUGCUCGGGUUUCUCUAGAUUUUGCUUCAAAAUCGCCUGUUUGACAGAAAAGUUUUUUUUAAAGUUCUGAAGGGUUUUUUCCAGUUUUAUUCCUUCGACGACUAGCCGUAUUUUAUGUUUUCAUACACCUGUUGAAAAUUUUUCAAAGUUUUAUAUACCUGUCAAAAAACCUUCUUUUUUUUUCGCUUUCAAAGCGGUUUUUCAGUUAUUCCUUCAAGGUCCUUGAACACUUACCGUAUUUUAUACCGUAAAAAGCCUUUUUUUAAGAUUUUGGAUGAUUUUCUCAGUUUUAUUCUUUCAAGCUCUUUGGAGACUUUCCGAAUUUUCGACCUUAAAAAGGCUUUUUUUUGGGGUUUUUCUCAGUUUCUUUUCUUCCAACUCGAACACUUUCCCAAUUCGAAAAAGAUUUUGCAGGGUUCUCUCAGUUUCAUUUCUUCAAGCUCCUUGAAAACUUUCCCAAUUUUAAGCCUUGAAUUUUUUAUUUUUGAGUUUUGAAGGAUUUUUUUUUCUGUUCCUUCUUGGAACUAAAAGUUAAAGUUGACUUCAGACUCCUUGGACGUUGGGUUGAAGCCAAAACCGACCUCGCCACGGCUUGCAAACUCGACUACGACGAAACUGCAAACGAAUGGCUCAAGGAAGUUCAGCCCAACGUGAGUUUCAGAACAAAAAAAGAACGAGAAGUAUAA